GCCAGCCGUACUCCGUACAGAACCACUGCUGCCUGCUGUACAAAUCCUUGGCGUUGAGGUAUAAGUAAUGCCUUUCACUGAACACAAACUGUCCGCGAGAGUUUAACUGUCUCCUCCCCUGUACAACUCUGUACUCUCAUCUUACAGACCACUUAUUCUACGGCUUUUAGCAGUCUAACCUCUUCCUGCUGUGCUCCCUUUGUCAACUAUAACAGCGCGCCGCAAAGGCAUCAUGGCCAUUGAGUUCCGAUCCGUCAUUCCAAUCCUCCGCGUCUUUGACAUGGCCAAGGCGGACGAGUUCUACCUUGGGUACCUUGGCUUCAUGGUGGACUGGGACCAUAGGUUUGACGACAACGCGCCUCUGUAUCGGCAAGUCUCGAGGGGCGGGCUGGUGCUGCACCUGAGCGAGCACCACGGCGACGGCAGUCCCGGCGUCCACGUGCGGGUGGCGAUGAAGGGACUGGUAGCGUAUCAUGGCGAGCUGCAAGCCAAGACGUAUCGGUACCUGAAGCCGGGCAUCGAGGAAGGUUCAGCGCUUGGUGCUGGGGAGAUGGCCGUUAUGGAUCCGUUUGGGAAUCGCAUUACCUUCUGCCAGGACAAGGAGUAAAACCACUGGAUGGUAACCUACAGAAAGGCAAGAGAGAAGAAUUGUUGGGGUGUCUGCUGGAACGAAUAGUCGGACAAGCAUGUAGAUGGAAUCGUGGGGACUCUGGCAGCUUAUACUUUACUCUCAGAAUCUGCGGCAGUUGAUCAUUAUGUUUCCUCCCCGCAACCGUUGACGCAGAGAGCACUGCUGCCCU